AUGGGGCCUGGAGGGAGUGCUGUUUCUUUCCACCAUUCGAUCCCGGACCGCCGCUCUCCUACUAUCCCUAUUAUCGACCAUCAGAUGUACAAAACAGGUUUGGCUUUUCGUGGGCACGAUGAAUCUUUGAAAUCAAGCAAUAGGAGUAAUUAUAUAGAGCUUGUGCAAUUUCUUGCCUAUCAUAAUGAGAAAGUUAAGAAGGUUGUGUUUGAGAAUGCUCCUAAGAAUCUCAAGUAUACUUCUUCCGAUAUUCAAAAGGAUCUUGUUCAUGCUUGUGCUAUUGAAACUAUUAAUGCAAGUACUAAAGAUAUGGAAGGAGAAGCAAUUGAAAAGUUUUUGGGUGUUCAACAUGUCUCUUGUACAAUGAGUAGCUUGCUUGAAGAGACCAUUGAGAGAUUGUUUGCUACAACAAAUUUGAGUAGGUCCACGUUACAAGAACAAGGCUAUAAUGGAGCUAGUAAUAUGAGAGGUGAGUUAAAUGGUCUUAAAACAAAGAUUUUGAACAAAUACCCUCAAGCAUUUUAUAUUCAUUGUUUUGCACACCAACUCCAACUAGCUCUUAUAUUUGUGGCAAAGGAAAAUGAGGAUGUUGCCAAUUUCUUCAUCAAUGCUAGUAGUUUGGUGAAUCUUAUUGGAUCAUCGAGUAAGCGUCAUGAUGCAUUUAGAGAGAAACAACAAGAACAAAUUCAGAAAGCUCUUGAUCUUGGUAAUCUUGAAAUGGGUAAAGGGUUAAAUCAAGAAAGUAGUCUCAUGUAUCCAUGUGAUACACUGUGGAACUUGCAUUAUGGUAUUAUAGUUAGUAUUAUUGUUAUGUUUGAAGUCGUGGUGGAGGUGGUUGAAUGGAUUAAAAGUGAUAGUAACCAAGAUAAUCUUGAUGAAGCAACUAGUGAGUUUCCAUCAUUGAGAGGAAUUAGUGAUCUUGCAAAAGAGUUAGUGAAGACCGGGAGGUGUGAAAGCUAUAUGUUAGUGUAUAAACUUCUUAUAUUGGCUUUAGUGUUACCGGCUGCAACCGCUUCGGUGGAGAGAGCUUUUUCUGCUAUGAAAAUUGUGAAAACACCAUUGCGUAACAAAAUGGGAGAUCAAUGGUUGAGUGAUAGCAUGGUUGUUUACAUUAAGAGAUAUAUAUUUUCUUUUAUUAAAAAUGAGCCUAUUAUAUGA